AUGCCACAGAUUAUCAAAUCCAGUGCCGGCUAUAGUGGUGGUGAUGAUGUUCACAAGGAAAAUCGAGGCAGUCGUUUAAUGGGACGUGUCACAAUUGAACGACCAAGAAGAGAGCCAAAUGCAUCGGAAGCAGUGCCGCUGUCAUCGCGUACCACACGAAUUCUCACACGAAACGAACCGAGAAGGACAUACAAGCCUCCGGCGAUGCGAGCAGCAGAGAAGAAAGAAGCUGCUGUGGCAGGUGGUGUUGUUCGAAACAGCGAGGAAAUGCCAGCACCAUCGGUCCCGUCGGUCUCACACCAUCCACAACAACCUCGUCAGAUGACCGAUUUUCCUGUCUAUCACGAGAUUGCCAGGAAUCAAGGGCCGAAGAUGCAAAAGAUUAACGACUCCAUAACAUCAUUACUCACAAAGGUACAACAAAGAGACGUGGCAGCCGCUGAGAAGAUUGUGCAGUUAAGCAGCGAUUUAUGUGAGAUCUACUAUGAUGUGAUGUUGCGAGACAUCUACUUCACGUUCUCGAUGAAUCUUGAACAACAUCUGUGGAAGCAGGCGUUUUAUAAACCGAUCGAAGUAUUCAAAUCGAUGGCAAAUUCACCUAAAGACAGCUCACGAAUAUUCCGUUCUCAUUUGCUGUUGUUAAUCAACAAGGGAAUCAGUUUUUAUGAGCGACUCAUAGCACUGUAUGAGAAGGAGGUAGACGUGAAUGUGGAGAGAGCCGCACUCUUCCAAUUCGAUUCCGACGAAGACUUCUGGAACGUAUGUUUGUCGCCAAACUCGCCUGAUGCUGAAUCGAGUAGGCGAAAGACAGCCCUGAAAUCCUGUUCGCGACACCUGAUCUCCUUAGGUGACCUGAAACGAUAUCGGACUUUAGUAGAAGGCAGUGAAGACUACAGUGAAUCAAGAGCGUGA